ACGGUGAAAGCCUCUGCCAGAGAGCUGUCGGUGGAAGAGAGUAGCCUGUCGUCGGUAGCCUGUACGGACCGAGAACACAAGCCGAGCUCUGCUGCUCUUCGGCCCGCUUCACCACCAGUCACCGUCGAGCACCGCGUUUUCAUAAAUUAAAAAAACAUUAGCAUCCUGACUUUCUGUCCUGAAUUGGAGUUUAGGGGACAUUCGCUGUCAGCUAACUUCCACAAUAGGUCGCUGCGUCGCUGGCUGGACUGCUGCAUGUGUUUUUAUUGUCGCCUAACAGUUUGACUCCAGCCCCCUUCCACCCGUGCCCAAUGCUGAGGAAUGGAUAGUGUGUCUGCUACCGGGGGGAAGAUGGUGGAGAGUGAUGAGCAGCCGGAGAGGGGAAGCGGCGGCGGCGGCGGUGUUGGUGGCGCAGCGAUGGCCGCACUACAUCAAUGCGAACUCAUCCAGAACAUGAUUGAAAUCUCCAUCUCCAGUUUACAGGGGCUCCGGACCAAAUGCGCCGCGUCCAACGACCUCACACAACAAGAAAUACGCACUUUGGAGGUGAAGCUGAUGAAAUACAUCUGUAAACAGCUGCAGUGCAAGCAAAAAGUGCCGGAGACGGAGAGGCCCGAGGCUCUGGAACGCUACCCGCACUUAAGAGACUGGCUUCGCACCAUCAACCUGCGGCCAGAGCUCAGCCAGGCAGUGGAAGCAAAGUCUUCCCUGGAUACCUUGCUGCAGAUGUCAGGUGCUCAGGUGAGGGAAACCAUGCGAAGGCUGGGGUCCAGCUCAGAGGAAUGUGCCCGGCUCAGUGCUGCCCUCUCCUGUCUGAAGAGUGCCUCGGAAUCAGGAGGUGAGCUGAGGGAAGAUGACGUACCCUGGAUGUCGGAGCCCUUCAGGAGGGACAGUGGCCCUCUCCUGACCGCGGAGCAGCUGACCGGGCUGGGGACCCCGCUCCGCCCUCACAGUCCUUCGCCUCUCGCCCGCCCAUCAGCCGUCCACUCCACCCCAUCCACCCCCUGCGCCGUGUUCCCUCACCACCGCUCGGGCUCUGUGUCGGCGGUGCCCACGCCUGAUGGGCUGGCCUCCUACGGCCAUACUGAGAGCCCUCUGACAGACCCGUUCCCCAUGGCCUUAUCCCACACCGCCCGUCUCCACGGGCGCACAUCCACCCCGCCCAUAACUCCGCCCUCCAAGAGGCGACACCGACUGAAGCCCCCCUGCACGCCUCCGCCUCCGUCCCGCAAAGUUCAGCACCUGCUCCCCAACAUCACCCUGACGCGCAGCAAGAGCCACGAGUCCCAGCUGGGCAACCGCAUCGAGGACCCCCCCACCAACAAAUGUAUAAAGAAGAAUAAGUUGUUACUGAAUAUGCAAGUUAAUGGGAAUGGAUGUGAGGACUCGCCCUCCCGUUACCCUGUCAUGUCUUCACGCACCCCGGGAGUCACCCCCUCUGCCACCACAGCCUCUUACACCCUGCCCGGCACCCCCACCCUGAUGGAGGAGCACAGCAGCCAUAAAAAUAACGUAGCAGGGCAUCGCAACUCCCCACAAGCAGUGAGGAGGGACAUCGGCCUCUCAGUCACACACAGGUUUUCAACAAAGUCCUGGCUGUCCCAAACAUGUCAGGUCUGCCAGAAGAACAUGAUGUUUGGGGUGAAGUGCAAACACUGUCGGUUAAAGUGCCACAACAAAUGCACCAAGGAAGCCCCUUCCUGCAGAAUCUCCUUUCUACCAAUCGCCAAAAUUCGGAGGACCGAGUCGGUUCCGUCUGAUAUAAACAACCCUGUGGACCGGCCGCCAGAGGCACCACAGUUUGGCACUUUACCAAAGGCCAUCACAAAAAAGGACCAUCCUCCGGUGCUGAACCAGCUGGACUCCAGCAGCAACCCGUCCUCCACCACCUCCUCCACCCCCUCCUCCCCAGCGCCCUUCCAGCAGAGCAACCCCCCAAGCGCCACUCCUCCACCCAACCCCUCGCCCAAGAACCACCGGGACAGCCGCUUCAACUUCCCAGCUGCCUGUUACUUUCAGCACAGGCAGCAGUUUAUCUUCCCCGAUGUCUCCAGUCCUGCUCAUUUGCACCCUGAUGUCCUCCGAGACACUGUCAGUGAGAUAGAGCCAGCAGCGGACGACAUACGAUCUGAGCUGGUAGAAGAUGAGGAUGAAGAGGAAGGAGAGGAGGAAAUUGAAGUCGAAGAUGAAGACCCUGAAGAGGAAGAGGAUAACGAGGAAGAAGAGGAUGAGAAUGAAGGGGAGGACAAUGAAGAGGACAUCAGGAUGAACAUGGGAUCGGACGGAGAGUGUGACGAGCUGGACGACCUGCCCAGCUCCCGGGGGAACCAAUGGAAGAGCCCCAUCUGCCGCAAGGCCAGCCAGACCAGCGUCUACCUGCAGGAGUGGGACAUCCCCUUCGAACAGCUGGACCUCGGGGAACUCAUAGGAAAGGGCCGCUGGGGCAAAGUGCACAAAGGGCGGUGGCACGGAGAGGUGGCCAUCCGGCUGCUGGAGAUCGACGGGAACAACCAGGACCAUCUGAAGCUCUUCAAGAAGGAGGUGAUGAACUACAGACAGACCCGGCACGAGAACGUGGUCCUCUUCAUGGGGGCCUGCAUGGCCCCCCCCCACCUGGCCAUCAUCACGAGUUUCUGCAAAGGGAGAACACUGUAUUCAGUUGUUCGAGACACUAAAAACACUUUGGAUAUUAAUAAGACCAGACAAAUUGCUCAGGAGAUUGUAAAGGGAAUGGGCUAUCUGCACGCUAAAGGCAUUGUUCACAAAGACUUGAAGUCGAAGAACGUUUUUCAUGACACCAAUAAAGUCAUAAUCACUGACUUCGGGCUGUUUGGGAUCUCUGGAGUGGUUCAGGAGGGGAGGCGUGAGAACAAACUCAAACUUCCACAUGGCUGGAUUUGUUACCUCGCCCCGGAGAUUGUGCGCAGGAUGAGCCCGGGUAACAACGAGGACCAACUUCCUUUUUCCACCUCGGCAGAUGUGUACGCCUUUGGCACCAUUUGGUACGAGCUUCAAGCAAGGGACUGGCCAAUCACCAACCAGCAUGUGGAAGCUACCAUCUGGCAGGUGGGCAGCGGAGAGGGCAUUAAGAAGGUCCUGGCGGAAAUUAGCUUCGGCAAGGAGGUCUCUGAGAUCCUGUCUGCCUGCUGGGCGUACGACCUGAGGGACCGCCCCCCCUUCACCCAGCUGGCCGACAUGCUGGAGAAGCUGCCCAAACUCAACCGCCGGCUCUCACACCCCGGACACUUCUGGAAGUCUGCAGAGUUGUAGCAGUCACCCUGAAACAUAAGCAAUGCAAAACAAAGCCUGGGUCUGCCUUGCAUGCUCCUGUAUCCUUAACUCUUACAGGAUUGAUUAAAGCAUUGCCUGAAAACAGACUCCGCUUUCCACUAACCCGCAGUCUGAUCUUCCAUGUCUAACCGUUUUUUUCUCGUCGGGGGGGAAGAGAGGACCGGUGGAGCGAGGUGUGGUGGACGGGGGAGGGGGGGGGGACAGCUGUUGUCCUUCACGCUUUCCCUCCCCCCUUCUUUCGUCUAAUAUCUCUUUGUUCUAUGAUGUUGUUCCGGGACUCUGAAUAACUGGCUUGUGGUGUCUGUGCUGACUGACUGCUGUGCCUGCUCACCUUCUCUGUGCUGCUGUGAUGUGGUUGUUCUCACAUGGCCUCCUUUUACCCUCUGAAACACACACACACACACACACACACACGCACGCAAAAUUAAAAGGAGCCUACUAUAAAAUGGACCACUUAAUUUAUCAGUGUUUCCCCCCCUCGAGGGGUUUACACGUGCAGGCUGAGUGAUGUUCUCAAAGCCUCUCUAUCUCACUUUUUAUUGGUUGUGCUGAGACCGUCACCAGCCAAUGAGGACAUAACCACAAUACGCACUUUGUCAACAGGAGCAAAAAAUAACUCUUUUUGUUGUUUUGUUCGGUUUGGAAUAAUCAUAUUUGCAGUGUUUUCUUUGGUAACACUUUUUACUGUGCCACUUCUACGAUGCAUUAUAAACAUACUUCCAAUUUGUUACAAGCUGCUUAAAUCACUGUUUAAUUAUAGUUUUAAGCACUUGUAGAUUUCCGUAAUGCUUUAUAACAAUAGUAUUAACAUGUAAAGCAUUUUUUAAUGACUUAGAAGGUCAUGUAUCAGCAAUACGUUACAUAAUUGUUUCUCGCUGAUUGUGUUUUUGUACCAGUGUAUUAUAUCUAUUAUACUUUGUAAUACAUUUAAAAAAUGUUAUAAGGAAUAUUAAUCUUUUUAUAAUGCAUUAUAAUUGUUGAUAAUGCAUUAGAAUGUGAUUUUGAUUUUUUUUAUUUGAUCAGAUUUAUUUAGAAUGUGUAAAACAAUAAUACAAAAAUGUAACAUGAGAAUUAUUAUACAAUACAAAAAAUAAGCAGUGUCAAAUUGAUAUACAAAAAUAUUACUCUACUUAAUUACACAUCUGAAAAGGGGUGGGAAGAAGUUUACACUUAUUUAAUCCCACCCCUUCUCCCAAAAACUAAAUUAUUAAGAUCUAUAGAUAUGGUCAUUAUUAUUUUUUAAAUUGAC